AGGCUGUGCCCGUCGGUAACGCAGGGAUGUGCAGAGAAAUGCUACUUCGGCGCACGGUGCCGCUUCCUUCACGACAUCGGCGAGUACAUGGCCGUGAAGCCAGCCGACCUGGGGCACAGCUGCGUCCUCUUUGAAACCUUUGGCAAGUGCAUUUAUGGCGUUACCUGCCGCUUUGCCCAGGCCCACCUCGGAGAUGGCUACGAGAACAUUGUCAACACAGACCUGGCCAAGCAGUGGGAAGGGAAGUCACUGGUGAGGAACAACCUCUCCAAGGACCUCCAGCACCAGCUGCGCAAGAGGAAGUUUAGCUUCAAGAAGGCUGAUGAGUACCUCCGUGGUCUGGCCAAGCCCCACGGCGAUAAUGCCUUGCAGAGUCCCGGUGUCACAGGUGAUGAGGAGGCAUCCUCCAUCAAAACAGUUGGCCCGGUGACAGAUGAAGACAUUAUAAAGCUGCGGUCAUGUGAGAAGAAGAAGUUGGAUAUCCAAGGCAAGCUCUACUUGGCUCCACUGACCACGUGCGGUAACCUCCCUUUCCGAAGGAUAUGCAAGCGCUUCGGGGCAGACGUCACCUGCGGAGAGAUGGCUGUGUGCACAAACCUGCUUCAGGGCCAGUCCUCUGAGUGGGCUCUUCUCAAACGGCAUCAUACCGAAGAUAUUUUUGGGGUCCAGCUGGAGGGGGCAUUUCCAGACACGAUGACCAAAUGUGCAGAGCUCCUGAACCAGACAAUUGAAGUGGACUUUGUCGACAUCAAUGUCGGGUGUCCCAUUGACCUGGUCUACAAGAAGGGAGGAGGCUGUGCUCUGAUGACUCGGUCCAACAAGUUUGAACAGAUCGUCCGAGGGAUGAACUCGGUGCUGGACAUCCCACUGACUGUGAAGAUACGGACGGGAGUGCAAGAAAAGAUUAAUGUGGCUCAUAAAAUAAUCCCCAAGAUCCGGGAGUGGGGAGCAUCCAUGGUCACGCUUCACGGCCGAUCCAGGGAACAGCGGUACACGAGGGUUGCUGACUGGGACUACAUAGCAGAAUGUGCUAAAAUAGCAAGCCCAAUGCCUCUUUUUGGAAACGGUGAUAUUUUGUCUUACGAAGAUGCUAAUCGAGCCAUGCAGAUGGGCGUUUCGGGAAUUAUGAUUGCCAGAGGAGCACUCAUCAAACCAUGGCUUUUCACUGAAAUUAAGGAACAGAGACACUGGGAUAUCUCCUCUAGCGAGAGAUUUGCUAUCCUCAAAGAUUUCACCAACUAUGGCCUUGAGCACUGGGGAUCAGAUACUCAGGGAGUGGAGAAGACCAGGAAGUUUCUGCUGGAAUGGCUCUCGUUCCUCUGCAGGUAUAUUCCAGUUGGCUUAUUAGAACACCUACCUCAGAAAAUUAACGAGCGGCCGCCUUACUACGUGGGGAGAGACUAUCUGGAGACGCUUAUGGCGAGCCAAAAUGUGGACGAUUGGAUUAAAAUAAGUGAGCUGCUUCUGGGACCCGUACCUACCAGCUUCACCUUCCUGCCUAAACACAAGGCAAAUUCCUACAGAUAGGGCUGAUGAGGCCC